UAUAUAAUUUAAAUUUAAAUUUUUUUAAUUUUUUGGUUCAAUUAUAUUUUGAAAAUCGAAAUAAAAAUACAGCCCAUUGAGAAUCCGAAAUCGCGUAACCAAAGCUGUCACUGCUUAUAGGCUACCGCCAAGUGUCCUUCCCUGGAGACAAAUAUGGGUCGGUUGUCUCCCCACCCGGUAAAGUCAGACAACACGUGUCCUUCCCUCACUCCCCCUCGCUUCAUCAAAAAUCAAACACUUUGAGAACCUCACAACAGUCUGAACCUCUUUCCACGCCCUCUCUCUCUCUUGGAACCGGCGCCCUCUCUCACUACGCCUUCCACAAAUUUCUCUGCGCCAGAACCCCCAAACGGAACAAUAAAUUUUUCCGGUCUGAUCUCGCCGGAACCCCCCUUAUGCUUCCCAUCUCCGACCGCCCGUCGCCGGAGGCUCCCCUGAAGAAACCCAAAACGCUCGACUCCACAGAUCGCAAGAGCAGCUUCUCGUUCCCAGGCGUCGUGCUUUCCCCGCACCACCCGCGCACAUGGCUUGUCGUCACCAUCCUCUUCCUCCAGAUCCUCCUUGUCCUGAUGGCUCGCUCUCUCCCCAUCUCCCUCACUCACCGCCGGCAGCACUUCCCCACCCCUCACGUCGUUGCCGGCGACCCUCCCCCCGCCGUAUCCGGCGAUGAACAUUGUCCGUACGGAAGGGUCUACGUCUACGAUCUACCGCCGAUAUUCAACUCGGAGCUGAUCCAGAGCUGCGACAAGUUGAGUCCGUGGGGGUCGCGCUGCGACGCGCUGUCGAACGACGGCUUCGGCCGGCAGGCGAUGGGGCUCGACGGAAUUGUGCCGGAGAGCUUGGCUCCGGCGUGGUUCUGGACCGACCAGUUCGCGUCGGAGAUCAUAUACCAUAACAGGAUUGUGAAGCACAAGUGCAGGACGAUGGAGCCGGAAUCUGCGACGGCGUUCUACAUACCAUUUUACGCCGGACUAGCCGUCGGCAAGUACCUGUGGUCGAAUUACAGUCCAGCCGACCGCGAUCGUCAGUGCCAGAUGUUGCUGGAGUGGGUCCGGGACCAGCCCUAUUGGAACAGAUCCGACGGCUGGGAUCACUUCAUCAUGCUGGGCCGCAUCACCUGGGACUUCCGGCGGUCAAAGUCCAGCGACUGGGGGUCCAGCUUCAUCUACAUGCCGUUGAUGCGAAAUAUCACGCGUCUCUUGAUCGAGCGGAACCCGUGGGACUACUUCGACGUCGGCGUGCCCUACCCUACCGGAUUCCACCCUAGAUCGGACUCCGACCUCGUCCAGUGGCAGGGCCACGUCCGCCAUCGCCGGCGCACGACACUGUUCAGCUUCGCCGGAGCAACCCGCGGCUUCAUCCGGAACGACUUUCGGGGGCUGCUGCUGAGUCAGUGCCGGAACGAGUCGGGGUCGUGCCAGGUUGUGGACUGCGCCGGAACUCGGUGCGCCAACGGCACGUCGGCGAUCAUGGAGGCCUUCCUGGACUCGGACUUCUGCCUGCAGCCGAGGGGCGACAGCUUCACGCGGCGGUCGAUCUUCGACUGCAUGGUGGCGGGUUCGAUUCCGGUGUUCUUCUGGCGGCGGACGGCGUACUUCCAGUACGAGUGGUUCCUGCCGGAGCGGGCGGAGAGUUACUCGGUGUUCAUAGACCGUAACAAGGUGAAGAACGGUACGUCUAUAAGAAGGGUUUUGGAGAGUUAUAGUAGAGAGGAGGUGAGGAUGAUGAGAGAGAAAGUGAUCGACUAUAUACCGAAGUUUGUGUAUGCCAAACCCCGGGAGGGUUUGGGUACCGUAAAGGAUGCGUUUGAUGUGGCCCUUGAAGGUGUGCUGAAGAGAGUGAAGGAGCAAGAAGGAGGGUACAGGUGGAAAUGAGGAGAAUUGGGGAGGGCAAUUUGGGCAUGAAAUUGAAAUUACCCGGAAGACGAACCGGGAACAUCGAACAUGGAAUGGGUAUGUGUAUUUUUUUAUUUUUUAUUUUUGGAUUACGCCGCUCAUUCAGCUACAAUAUAUGAUGAGUGAUGAUAUGUGUAGAAUAAGGCUCAUGUUGUUGUAUACAUAUACGGUUAUUACAGUUAUAUUCUUUUUGCUGAGGAUCAUUUGUUUGUGAAAAUAAAGGUAUUUAUUGGAGCUUA